CGCAUUUCAGGUACGAGUGCGGCAAGGAACCGCGAUUUCAGUGUCCGUAUUGCGGGAAACGGGACCGGAAGUCGUCGAACACCUACAGGCACAUCAGGACCUACCACAAGGGUAACAAUAUCCAGGCGUUCAAGCUCUACUGAACGCCGACCGGGAGCAGCGGAUCCAACGAUCGAUCCGGCCGCCGCUGUUGACAGCUGCCUUCGUCGUGCCGGCUCGCCUCGGCGACAGGCCUCCUUCAUCCUCGUUUACGCGCUCCGAGCUAGCUACAAGUGCCACCCGUUAUCGUCGUACGACACCAGCGUGCUCGAUAUGCUGCGGUCGAACAUGGACUACAGGCUGGACGGCGGCGACGUGAAGCUCGAAGACGGGCCGUGGCAGUCGGCGAAGAUGUCGUAUCAUUGUCCGCGGUGCAACGCCGGCUACACCUACAAGAAGACCCUGAAGACCCACAUGAAGUACGACUGCGGCAAGGAGCCGAGGUUCAAGUGUCCUUAUUGCAACAAGAGGGACAAGUGCUCGUCGAACAUUUACAAGCACGUGCGGAUGCGGCACGACGGGCUGCCCGUCGUCGUCGACAGGAAUUAGGGCGCCUUUCUCCUUCUUCUGCCGCGAACAUGGUCGUCGUAGGACGUUCGCGGAGGGUAGUUAGGGGGCGGGGAGAUCGCGUUAGGGAUCUGCGAGGGGAACUGCGGGGGCCGAUCUUUUUUCUCGCGGAAUUUUUAUAGUGGAAUCAAAUGUCGCAUGCGAGAGAGGACAAGAUUGUUGGGGACGUUCUUGCGAUUUUCGACUGUUUUUUUUGGUCGAAUUGGAUCGUUUCGGGCGAUUCGCGCUAUCGGUUCAUUGGUAAGUAGCGUGGUUGUGCUAUGACGAAGACUGGCGUUUGCGUGGUUGAACGAUGUAAAUUGUCUUUUUUUUUUAUUGAUUCGUUGCUCUUGCGGUGUGUUUUCUAUAGUUGAUUUCUCGUUUGGCUCUGCGAGGGAAAACGGAACAAGUUUUACGUUGUAUGUACGUUAUGUAUCGAAUUAUUGUAUAUAUAAUGUUAUAUGUAUAAUUAUUGUGCAUAUAAUAUUAUAUAUAAAAUUAUAUAUAUUAUAUAUAUGAAAGAGAGACCAAAUAAUGUUGCACGACAAAAAGUCCACGAAAGCUCUGACAAGAAUUUCUGACG